UGUCAAAGUCCUGUGCACCUGGGCAUUUUCAGAAGUUCGUCAAUAACGGAAGCGUUGACUACUACUGCCGUUGUAAUGAGUUCGUUCCAGUUAUUACGCCGAAUUGUUCCUCACCUGGAUACACAUGCCUGGCAAAUGGACAAUUUCCAAUUUGUUUUGGAUACACACAAUGCGAAAAAGAAGGUUCUACUUACAUUUGCACUUGUGAGAACGAAUUGAGCCUGAAUCAAUCCUACUGUUACAUAGCUGAAGACUGCCAAAACACAGUGGAAGACUGCGGGAAUGGAAACUGCACCAUGGAUUACCCACCUGAAUCCCGAAUAAAUAACAAACUCAAUCAGCCAUCAAAUCCAAUGAAUGGAAUAUAUUCGACAGAUACUAUUUCAGCAGAGAACACAACGUUGACUGUAAAGUGCAAGACUGAUUUCCUGAAAGAUCAAAGUGCAAUACAGUCAACAAUGAACUGUCAAUUCCCAGGAACCUGGACAACCCUCCGUACUGAGCCUUGCCGCCUACCUUUCAAUUGUUCAGAUUCCCCUUGUGAUCCAAAACGCCAAACAUGCACAGAUAUUGAAAAAGGAGGUUUCGUCUGUAAUUGUUCCACUGGAUAUGCAAAGAAUUUCAGUACAGAAUUAUGCGAGGACAUAAAUGAAUGUGACAUACCUGAUGUCUGUAAUCCUAGUAGCAGCUAUUGUGACAACCAGCCAGGAAGCUACAGGUGUGAGUGCAAGAACGGGUUCAUUAAACAGGAUAAUGUCUGUACCGGGCUCAAUUGUUCACAUGCUUCGUGUGAUAAUACAACCCAACAAUGCACUGAUAUUAAAGGAGGAAGUUUCAUCUGUAAUUGCAUAACCACGUAUACACAAAAUGUAACAACAGGUUUAUGCGACGACAUUGAUGAAUGUAGCACAGGUGAUGUCUGUGGAUCUAGCACAAGCGAUUGUGUAAACCAGCCGGGAAAAUAUACAUGCACAUGCAAAGUUGGGUACAUCAAAAAAGGAGAUAAUGACUGCACCGGGCACGAGUUGUCGAUCGGUUUAGGGGGAGGUGCUGGAGUGAUUUUCGUUAUUAUCGCAGUCAUAGUCAUCAUCUGGUCACGACGUGAAUACAAAGCUAGUCGUUCUAGAAGGGAAGACAAAACACGGAGCAAAUUUCAUCAAGAUGUUUUCUUCUCCGACUUCAAGCAGACGACGGGUAUGACGUACUUGUCCAAUAAUCCAGCUUACAGCACCAAACAGGAGCCUAUAUAUGAAGAAAUUGAUAUCCCAGAUGAAAUCAACACGAAGUCGUAGUAAAUUGUCAACGUUAACCCUUGUUAUUGACAUGUUCUAAAAAUCAGCAUCAUGAAAUGUAAAUGUACGUGGGGCUAUUGCUCACCUCUCCACGUCUCAUCAUUGUCAAUUCCAAGUAAACCUAUGUAGUAGAAUAGCAGCAUUAUUAGUACUAGUAGUAGUAGCCAUGUUCUUCUUUUACUCUACCCCUCCCUCACUCCUUUUCACAACUACAUCCUUCUUAUAUCAUAAAUGUGUGUAUUGUUUUUCCGUCUGGCAUGGAUUUUCUCCCUUUUUUGCUAGCAUAAAGUAUUGUUAGUCAUGCAUGCCAACAUUGAGCCAAAUGCAAUUGACACGAACCCACUCGAGUCUUACAACAUUCACACAUAUGGAGGAGUCUGCUUUUAAAGCAAAUCCGCCUUUUUAGCGCACCUACUGCUAUUGGAUAUGUAUCCAAACUCACGUGCCAUACGCGGCACCCCACCUUCUGCCACUGCUGGUAAUUUAAACAUCACUAAGUUCUCAUUUUUGCUACAUGGAAAUUGUGGGCACACAUUAUGCGAAUGAGUCACCCAACUAAACCAGUCCCUGAACAGUCAGACGUGCACAAUGUAGUACAGAACUGACAAGGAGUACGGAGCAACUCCACUGCAAGAAAGUGUGGAGGUUUUGUGCUAGGUUGUGCAUGUACGGCUGUUCAAAGUCUUGUUUCUUUGGGAGACUCAAUUGUGUAACUUGUGCCCACACAUACCACGUUACAAUGUUUUUCUUGGCCCACCACCCGAGUUCUUUUUCUUUUUUGUUGCACCUUUUCCCGAUUUCAUUUCUAUGUGCAUAUGACACCCAUGCUUUCUUGUUAUUAUAGCUCUACUCUCCUGAACUGUUACUAUCACCUCUCUA